GCGGGACUCGGGCGCCGCGGCCGAGCGACACCUGCCAGCGCGGGCGACGGGCGGGGAGGCCGGGGGUCCCUGCGCCGGGCGCGCGUCUUUGUGCUCGUCCGGGGCGGAGGCGUCCGGUGGGCCCCGGGCCCGGGGCGGCCCUUGCAGCGGGCGGGGGCGGGGCUGGAGGAGCGGCCGGGCGCCCCCGGACCCGGCGAGCGGACCCCGGAGGAGCCGGUGCCGGGCCGGCAGCCGCCCACCGGAGCCCCGGGCGGGGGCGAGCCCAGCCGUCCUCCGGGCCUUUUCCCCGGCCGGGCAGCCGCGGUGACAGCCCAGCCCGGGGCUCGAGAGGGGAGCCCCGCGCGGGGUGGGCGGCGCGGCGGGACGUGGGUGUGCCCGCCAGUCCUCCUCCGAGACGGGCCGCCGGGGAGGAGCCGACGCCAAAGCCGGCGGGAGGCUCGGAGCGCCGGCUCCCUGGGCCUUCGGCUUGUUCGUCUGAGCAGCUGGUUCCCGGAGCCGCCGCCGGCCCUCCCAGCCUCUGCAGCCACGCUGCUGAUCCUGGGGACCUGGCGACCUAGGACUGCGACCAGGAUCCUGGAAGGCCCCUCUGCACACCGCCAGAGAGCCGAGCCUCUGCUGGAAGGAAGAGGGGAGGCGAGACCCCACAGGACACCCCUGCAUGCUUCCCAGGGUUAAGAACCUAUUUAUGAAGCAUCUUAUUUCGUGACCGAAGCUCCACGGUCAGUGAGACGUAAAUGGCCCCACUUCCCCCCGGCAUUCGCUUCAUCGUCUCGUUCUCCAGGGAUCAGUGGUACAGAGCCUUCAUUUUUAUUUUGACAUUUUUGCUGUAUGCAAGUUUUCACUUAUCUCGAAAGCCUAUCAGCAUAGUUAAGGGUGAGCUGCACAGCUACUGCACGGCUUCAUAUGAAGGGGAGGUCGGAUUCCACAGCCAGAGCCCAAAAGCCGGGGACACCCCCGCUCAGCAGCUCCCAGACAACGGGACCGACUGUGGCUGGGCCCCAUUUGAUCAGGACAACUUCCAGCAGCUGCUCGGCGCCCUGGACUACUCCUUCCUGUGUGCGUACGCUGUUGGCAUGUACCUGAGUGGCAUAAUAGGGGAGCGCCUGCCCAUUAGGUAUUACCUGACUUUCGGAAUGGUGGCCAGUGGUGCUUUUACUGCCCUGUUUGGGGUAGGGUAUUUCUACAACAUCCACAGUUUUGGAUUCUACGUGGUGACCCAGAUCGUCAACGGACUGGUACAGACCACCGGCUGGCCCAGCGUCGUCACCUGCCUCGGCAACUGGUUUGGAAAAGGGAGGCGAGGUUUGAUCAUGGGGGUCUGGAAUUCCCACACGUCUGUGGGCAACAUUCUGGGGUCCUUGAUCGCUGGCUACUGGGUGUCCACGUGCUGGGGCCUGUCCUUCGUCGUGCCUGGGGCCAUCGUGGCAGCCAUGGGGAUAGUGUGCUUUCUCUUUCUCAUUGAACAUCCGAAGGACGUCGCCUGCUCUUCCUCCCCGGCCAUGCAUCCAAAAAGCUACGAGAACGGCACGCACAGAUUUCGGCUGCAGAAGCAAGCGCUAACCGAGGAGAGGAACAAACCUCUGGACCCAGAGAUGCAGUGCUUACUGCUGUCGGAUGGAAAGCGCUCCGGCCACCAGAACCACGUGGUCAUUCUCCCUGCAGACGGUGGCGGCGGCGGCAUCGCGGCCAUCAGCUUCGUAGGGGCCUUGAAAAUUCCUGGCGUGAUAGAGUUCUCUCUGUGUCUACUGUUUGCCAAGUUGGUCAGCUAUACUUUCCUCUUCUGGCUUCCACUGUACAUCACAAAUGUAGAUCACCUCGAUGUCAAGAAGGCCGGGGAGCUCUCCACCUUGUUUGAUGUGGGCGGGAUCUUCGGUGGGAUCCUGGCAGGUGUGAUCUCCGAUCGACUGGAGAAGAGGGCCUCCACCUGCGGCCUCAUGCUCCUACUCGCAGCCCCGACGCUCUACGUAUUCUCUGCCAUCAGCAAAAUGGGUCUAGAAGCCACCAUCGCCAUGCUGCUCCUCAGCGGGGCCCUGGUCAGCGGGCCGUACGCACUGAUCACGACCGCCGUCUCCGCCGACCUGGGGACUCAUAAAAGUCUGAAGGGAAACUCCCACGCCCUGGCCACCGUGACCGCCAUCAUUGACGGAACUGGGUCUGUAGGUGAACUGGUGGGUCCCGUGGCACACAAGACUCCGAGUGUUACCAGCCCCGUUAAGGAUCUUGGAGAGAAUGCAGUAGCAUAUUCUGGAGGGAAAAAGGAGCAACUCGCCACUCUGAGCUGGGCCGAUGGGAGCUGGUAAACAGCAAGCCCGUCCUGAUCCGUGAGUCAGAAGGCUGACAGCAAAGUCCAUGACCUUUGUUGAGCCUCUUGGGAGGAGCACACAGACCGGGACCCCUUCCGCCAAGACCCCAGAGCUGCCUGCCCCGGGCUCCUGUGUCGGUGAGGGCCCCUUGCUGGAGACACGGGAACUGAAGCUGGGAGGUGGGCUGGAGUGGCCCCAAUGGCUGCUGCAGAGGAUCUCGGUUGCAUCCUGAUGUGUCACCUGCUGCCCCAGGCCCCUGAAGUAGGGGGACAAUGAGAGAGAGGGCAGGCCAGGUGGGGAGGGGCCCUGGGGGGUCUGGACCACCCUUGUAGCAGUAAACCAAGCGCUUGCCGGACAAAAGCGGCUCUGUAAGCACAGUUCCACCCAAUACUGGCCUCUCCAUCGGCCCUCCUCGGUCCACCCUGUCUGGGACGUGCGGACCCCUCCCUGCCCAGGCUCAGGGCCUCUCCCCGCUGGCCCGCCCUCCUCUGGAGCACCGUCCACCUGUCUGCUCUGUACUGUCCUCUCUCCCUGCACCUGAAUGGAAGCCCCAGGAGGACAGGAGUUUGUUUCGUUCUCGGUUGUACUCUGAGCCCCGGGACGGUGCCUGGGAUGGAGCAGGCACUCAGUAAGUGGGUGAGGAAGGAAUUGCCCGGUGGCUCUAAGACGGGAGAUCGCAGGUGGGCCGGGCGGUCUCCCAUCCAGGCUGUCGGGUUCGAAGAAGAGGGGCCGGGUAGCAGAGGCUACCUGCACGGCUCACUGGGACAGGGCCUCCGCAGCCCCUGCUCGUGCCGCACUGUGAUAGUGACCUCACCACUCUGAUGUCCUCGGUGAGAACAUCCCCUCGGGGGCACCUCUUGGGAGCCGGGGUACAGGUCUGGGGUUAGGGAGGUAGGGCAGGGGGCCGUGCCGUGUGACGGGUGUCCGCGGUCUGCCAGCACGCCCCCCCGGGCUCACAUGGCCCCUGAGAAGUUUCCCACAGCCUGGAAGAUGCGCUGUCGGGAGACUCCUGGGCUGAGCACGGCUCUGAGGGGCUGUGUGACCCGGCCACAUCCUCUCUACCUUCUGUCCACAGAGGCGUCUGUCUGAGUCAGUCCAGCGCCCACCGUGACACCCUUUUCUGAAAGCAAAUUGGGAGCUUGGCCGGCAGCCCUGAUUGCAUUUUAAAGCAGAAGAUGGGGGGUUAAAAAGAAGGAAAUUAUGAAGGAGCCUAAAGAACACAUUUUUCUUGAUCUUCUCAAAACAAGAGGGAAGCAGAAGUUCUUGGCCCCGGGUAGAGACUCUGCGUCUCUAAUCGGGGGCAGGCUCUGAGCUGCAGGAGGAGCCAAAGCCCAGCUCUGGACACCUGUCACCCCUCACAGAAGGAGGGCAGAGGCUAACUCAGACCAUCCCUCGCUGCAGGUCCUGCAUCCUGGGUCUGGCUGAGCCUUGGACUCCAGGGGCUCUGGCAACCCCGGUGCACCGGGACAGAGGAGGUGGUCGCCAUGGAAACGGCAGGCAGGCACGUCCACCACUGUGUCUCCCCCACUGUUUCUCUGCUUACGUGCUGCCCAAGUAGAUGGAAGCAAAGCCAGGCUCAAGCAGAAAUGCACACAGUUCCAGCAGAAAUUCUGUUCACAAGGGCGUUCACCCUGAUGUAUUUAUUAAAUGUUGUAAAUGUUGGU